AUGGAUGGAAUGUACAAUUUUCAUUCGGCCGGUGAUUACACAGAUAAGGCGGUGCUGAUGAUGUCACCUGAGAGUCUCAUGUUUCCUUCCGAUUACCAAGCCUUGCUAUGUUCAUCCGCCGGUGAGAAUCGUGUCUCUGAUGUUUUCGGAUCCGACGAGCUACUCUCAGCAGCCGCCUCCGCUUUGUCCUCGGAGGCUGCUUCGAUCGCUCCGGAGAUCCGUAGAAACGAUGAUAACGUUUCUCUCAGUGUUAUCAAGACCAAGAUCGCUUAUAAGGCGGUGCUGAUGAUGUCACCUGAGAGUCUCAUGUUUCCUUCCGAUUACCAAGCCUUGCUAUGUUCAUCCGCCGGUGAGAAUCGUGUCUCUGAUGUUUUCGGAUCCGACGAGCUACUCUCAGCAGCCGCCUCCGCUUUGUCCUCGGAGGCUGCUUCGAUCGCUCCGGAGAUCCGUAGAAACGAUGAUAACGUUUCUCUCAGUGUUAUCAAGACCAAGAUCGCUUGUCAUCCUUCGUAUCCUCGCUUACUUCAAGCCUACAUCGAUUGCCAAAAGGUCGGAGCACCACCGGAGAUAGCGUGUUUACUAGAGGAGAUUCAACGGGAGAGUGAUGUGUAUAAGCGAGACGUUGUUCCUUUGUCUUGCUAUGGAGCUGAUCCUGAACUUGAUGAAUUCAUGAGCCAAGGGAUUAGGAUGGUGUUGGAGUGUGGUGGGCUUUCCUCUUCUUCUUGA